AAAACAAUGGAUGUUCCAACACCUGCAGACAAGAAGGGACCUCCCAAAUUCAAAGCGAGGAGCAUUCGCACAUUUAAAAGCAAGGCACCCAAGCCGGGUCAGAGGGGUUUUGGUGAUGAUAUUCCCGGGAUGGAGGGUCUUGGCACAGACAUCACAGUGAUCUGCCCCUGGGAAGCGUUUGGUGACAUGGAGCUUAGUGAUCUGGCCAAAUUUGGAAUCUUGUAGUAGUCUUCAUCACCUCCUCCUCUUCCUUCUGUUCAAUCUCUGGGUCUGCUGACUUAUGUCAAUAUCACAAACUUCAUCAUCCACUCACAUGGAUAUGAAACCGGCGACUGAUGACCAGAUGACUUCCAUCUAACGCAGAACCACAAAAUUCCAGAGGAUUUCAUUUAAGCAGGAGAAAGAGAAACGUGACAAUAUCAAUGUGUGGCUAUGCUCUUAAUGUCUUCCACUGCAGCCACCAUUACUUUUUCAAAUGCAUAUAAUAGCUUUUAAUCCCCUUAUGGAAAUUAACCAUUACAUUUAAACCAAAGAACCAUGAUUACUGUGGUAAAAGUAAUUAAUACACCCCAAAACUUACAAACAUGGUUAUUACAAUUUUUUUUCCGUAAGGGUCACACUCCUAUCUACAUAUA